AUGCACAAGAUUUCCAAUUUUACGGGCCAAGCCCGUCAUGGCUGGGAGCGAAUGACGCCCACCUUUGGCAUGUCUCGACCGCACACCGAUAUGUCUUCCCACUCGCUCCGUCGACCGCAUGGCGCGCCGCCGAUGACUCCCCCUACCGGUGUCGACCCGACUGUCAACCUCUCCUUCAACGUGCCCUUCUCCUCCACCCUCUCCGGCCCCGACGUCGACGACGUGCUGCACGCCAGCCCCGGCGCCCUGCAGCGCUGGACCUUCUCCGAGGGAACCCCCGAAGGCACGCCUGUCCACCAGCUGCCCGUCCACGCGAGCAAUGUCGAGGCCCUGCGGAGGUUGUGUCGGCAGAUCACCGAGAGUAGCAACGGAAGAGUCGAGGCGGCGGUCACCUCGUCGGAGCCCAAGACGGUCGCGUCGCUCCAACGGCGGCCCCAGGGGUUGGCGACCAAUGUUUGUAUCACGGGUGAUGGAGAGACGGUGCGAAAGAUGCGAGCCAGGGUGCUGAACGAGACCCCGAUCCUGUUGCGAUGUGCGACCGUUGACGUGGAUAUGCAUCUGAUCCUGGACAGCACGACCAAGAACAUCCGGGCCAGCGUCCUGGAGCACCUGGAUACUCUGGCGGCCUACACCGGCACGGACAUCUUCCUCCUGAGCCCCAAGAUUCGCGAUACGGACAGUGCGGUGGUGUCGUCCUACGGGUACGCCUCGGACAAUGGGCUGGAUCAACGCUUUCGGGUCUCGAUCUAUGGCGACAUGGAGAGUGCUGAGCAUGCCAAGACACGGGUUUUGAUUAUGAUCGAUCAGAUUCUUAAACGUCACGUGGACGCCAUGAAGCUGGAGCUGACGAUGCACACUUUGGUGUGCGGCCGGACUCGCAAGAACAUCAAGCUCAUCGAGGCUGCGACUGGGACCGCCAUCUACUUCCCGCCGCCCUUCCCCCGCAUUUUCGGAUACACGCCCCCGGGCGCCCACCGCCGCAGUGAGGAUGAGGUCUACAUCACCGGUGAUACCCAGGAGCAGAUCGCGCGUGCGAAGCAAAAGCUUCGGGAGUUGGUCAUGGGCGUCAAGAUCUACGUCAAGGAUGUCAUCGUCAACUCGAAUAAGAUCGACAACGUUCUGCUGGACCGUCUCGACAAGGUUCGGAAGGUGAUGGAGAUGAACGGCUCCUACGUUCUCUUCCCCCAGCUGGGUACGCAGCGAGGUCUUGUUCGCAUCCAGGGCACCGAGGUCUUGCACGUCGAGCGCACCGUGCGGGAGAUUAUGGCUUUGGCUGGCCAGUUCUACAGCGCAUCCUGGUGGAUCAUUAUGCCCGAUCAGUCGCAAGGGCAAUUCCGCGCUCCAUCCCCUGCCGAUGUCCGCACUAUGCUUUCUGACAUCUGCAGCAACUCCGGCGCGGAAGUCAGCUUUGACAACCUGACGUUCACCAUCAAUGGAUCGGACGAUGCGGUCAAAGCCGCCAUGAUGGUGAUCAACCAGAUCCCGUUUGUGCAGCGGAGCCAGUACCAGAUGCGCGUGAAGAUCGAGCUUGCCAACGAGCACAAGGAAUUCGUCAGCGGCAAAAAGAACGGCAAGAUCAACAAGAUCAUGGGGCAGAGCAACGUUCAAAUCAUUUUUGAUGGGUUCAACGAGUACAAUUUCUACAUCGACGUGUGUGGAAACCAGUACGAGUCCACCAAGAAUGGGCUGGAUCUUGUUGAGCAGGAAAUGCCGGCGUCGAUCUCCUUCCACGUGCCCGACCAAUACCACAAGCGGAUCAUCGGGAUCGGUGGCCAGCACAUCCAGCGCAUCAUGAAGAAAUACUCGGUGUUCGUCAAGUUCUCCAACGCUAUGGACCGCGGCGGUAUGGGCAAGGAAGAUGAUGACAUCAAGGUCGACAAUGUCAUUUGCCGCACCCCUGCCCGUAACGCCCAGAGUCUGGACCUCGUCAAGCAGGAGAUCAUGGACAUGGUCGAGAAAGUCGAUGCCGAGUAUGUUUCCGAACGCGUCGUCAUCAACCGCUUGUAUCACCGUGAAUUGCUUGCGCGCAUUUCCGAAAUCGAUGAGCUGGAGAAGAAGUGGAACUGCAAGAUCGAGUUCCCCAGCACUGAGCUUGCCAGUGACGUCGUGGCCAUCUCCGGUCCCGAAUACCAGGUCCCUCAGGCUGUUGAUGCCCUCCUGGGAAUGGUUCCGGAGAGCCACGAGCUACUCUUCCAGAGCUCCGCAGAACUCCGAGAGUACUUCAAGUCUGCCGAUUUCCGCGACGAUGUUUGCGCCAAGCUCAAGGACCAGUAUGAGGUCGAUACCACGGUGGAUGAAGGCUCCGACCUCCCGGCGCCCGAGAGCCGCUCCUCUUCGCCCACCUUUGGGCCCGAGGACCGCGCCGUCCUCGGGUACACUCGCAACAACGCGGGUGGGCUGAAGGACGCCAUCGACUUCUUGAUCUCCCGCUUGGUGGCCCAUGGCCUCGACGCGACGACGGUCAAGGGGGCGAUCCCCCGCCCCAAGUCCGACUCGUUCGAAGAGUCCCUUCCCUUCUUCGACUCGAAGUUGCUGCAGCAUGCGCCUGCGCCGAUCGUGACGGACUCCCCCACUCGGCCCAACUUCUCGGAUGAGACGAGUGAGCGUGGGUCCAUCUUCGAGCGGCUGCGCAAGCCCGGCAGCAUCUCCUCUUUCUCCUCGUUCAUUGGCCGUAAGAACCACUCGGCCUCCCCCGGAUCGUUCUUCAAGCAUGCAUCCAGCAACGCCUCGAAGGCGUCUCUGGUCUCGAUGGAGUCUCGAGACAGUGGGUACCGCAACCCAUGGAAUGAUUCUGGCGUGAACCUUGCCGAGGACGACGUGCCGGUCCUCGGAAGUUCUCACAGCCACAGCAGCAGCAAUGGCUGGCCCGCGCGCUUUGACACCAAAUUUCCAUUCGGUACUGCGCCAGGGGACAUGACACCCAAGCAUGACCCGCGCACAUCUUUUGACAGUGGUCGUCCUAGGGAGGGGAGAGUAAGCCGAGCCGGUGAGAGCCAUAUCAGGGGAUAA